CCCAUGAACACCUGCUGCAGCCAGACAUACAGCAUCGCAGAUGGAUGCGUCCAACAGACUUCGCAUUUUCAGGGAUUAACACGUGAUUAUAACAGCCAGGCUUCAAUAAACGCUGGAUUGUGUGUUACUGUUAUUCGUCGCUUAUUUCUUCUCAGACUGACAGAUGGCGUGAAACAGAUGGGCGGAAAAUAGGACACGAAACACCAACAAGACAAACAGGAGCUCUACUUCAGUUUUUUUUUUUUUUACAUAAACACCGAGGAAUUAUGGUGGAUAACAGACACGCAACGGCUCUGGUCAUUGCCGGUGUUUUAAGUGCGCUGGCGUCCGUGUAUCUGUCGGUGUCGGUGGGUUCGCCUCACUGGUACCGGUACACGAGCCCCUCUGUGCGCACGGAGCCCAACGCCACGGAGCUGCGCGCGCUGCAGGGCGAGUUUCUGGAUGGAGAAUUUGAUGAGAAAACGGUGAGCGACGCGAUGUUCCGCAUGAACGGAACGCUCGGACUAUGGUGGAGAUGCAUUCAUACUCCGACUGAUGCGCACUGGUACAGAGAUCCAGAUCCAAAGAUGGUUCUGGAGUGUGCAAGUUUUACUCUCUCACAACAAUUCACACCAAAAUACAAAGAACCGGGAAAUCACAACAGUGGAGAAGACACAAUACGAACUUAUCUUUGGAGGUGUCAGUUUCUGCUGCCGCUGGUCUCUUUGGGUCUGGUGGUUCUGGGCGGUCUGUUGGGUUUCUGUGCGUGUCUGUGUGGCAGCCUCACUCCUGUGCUCUUCAUCGGGUUGUUGCACCUGCUGGCAGGUCUGUGUUCUUUAGCUACCGUGUGUUGUUUUCUGGCUGGAGUAGAUCUGCUGCACCGCGUCUCUGUGUUUCCCGAUCACGUGGAUGGAACUCUGGGCUGGUCGCUGUAUCUGGCGCUCAUCGCGUCUCCUCUGCACAUGAUGGCAGCUGCACUGCUGGUGUGGGCCGCUCGCAGCCACGGUCAAACCUACUACCGCAUGACUGCAUACAGAGUAGCAUAAUACAUCAGACAUGUGCUCGAUCUCAGAAGAUAUCUGUAUGGAUUGUGAUCUUAAUCCUGACAUUUUUUAUUCGAAUCGGUUUUGGAUUCUUGAACUUUUGAUGAAAGGAUAUCAGGAUAAAAUGAGCUGUCAAAUCAGAGGUGUGUGCGUGCGUGCGUGCGUGUGUGUGUGUGUAUUAAGAGAUCAGUGUUGAGUUAGGGUCCAUCAUUAACUAUCUUUGGGGAUAGUGGGGAGCAACACUUUGUUAGGGUUAUAUCUUUUAGAUAAUUUUUUGAAUUACUGAGAAACAGGACAAAAUACUUGUUAAGAAUGUGAUUUAUGAGGGUGGCAGUGUUGAACAUCAAUUUGAUUUGAAUUUUUUACUCUUUAUUGGUUGUUGAUAAGUAUUGAAGCUGGACCCUGGAUCAGUUUUACUGUAAUCUGAUCAUCUGCAUGUGGUCUUGCCCAUCAGAUCAAAACAGUUUAUGUAAAAAGAAGAAAUAAUUCUUUAAUCUUGACUAACACAAAAUUGAAUGUUUAUCAGAAUGUUCACACUGCUUGUGUUUGCUUUAUGUGCUUGAGCACUUUUCUCCUGUGGGUCAACAUAAAACUUAAAUUAUUUUCCUUUUGAGUGUUUUAAAGUAAAGUGAUAUUUUAUCAAUUACUCACGGUUUGUAAAUUAAUUAGUUGUGAUAAUGCUCUUUAUAACUUUGUACAAAAUGUAACUUAUUUAUUAUUACUAUAUUUCUGAUAUUUAUUGUCAUUUUUAUUUAUUUACUCUAAAAAGUGGCCGAGUUAUUUUUGGCCCAUAAUGGGUAAAUAUUGGACACAACACACAACACAUGUUUUCUGUCCAGUUUUAUAGAUUAUGGGUCAAAAAUAAUCCAGCCAUUUUUAGAGUGUUGAUUGAUAUAUUAGCUUUACAUUUACAGUUAUCAUCAUAAGUUUGCAUACCUUGCAGAAUGUUAAUAAUUGAAAAAAAUAAAGUGAGCACAUACAAA